CGACGGCUCAGCGCGCGGAGAAAUGGCGGCGGCGGCGGCGCACAGGUCUAGUCCUGUCUGGUGUGCAUGUAUUGACAUGUUUCCACGUGUCUUUCAAUCGUUUGUACUUCGGGGCAGUAGAUUGUAGAAGCAGUAGAAGGCGUAGAAGGUAGUAGACCACCCAAGCCAUUACCAGCAUGACGUGGCAAAACUUCGGAAACAACACCGUCACUUUGGGAGUUAUAGCACUCCUGUGCUUGUUUACUUCAGGUGCUGCAAUUGUAUGCUACGAAUGUGACUCUAAUGACCAGCCGUACUGCUCAGAGAGCUGGGACCAUGAUGUUGUUCCACACAAUGUUGAACCUCGAAACUGCAACUACCUGCCCGGGGCACGUUACUGCGUGAAGGCAACAGGCCAUAACGGCACCUCCCGCUUCUGUUCUGCCCGUGACUUGGGUCACUCCUGCAACUACACCACAGGGCCAGGUGACGAAAGGGCGUACAAGACAUGCUUCUACACCUGUUAUGACGCUGCAUGUAACGGCACACCGUAUGGUGUAAUGGUGUCGACGUCUCCACUCAUACUCUCCGUCAUACUGUCCGUUUUGUCGCUCGUUCCAGCAAGGUGAUCUGCACUGAAAAGUCUGACACGUACAGCAGUGUAUCAACAGUGCUACCACACAGUGCCUAAAGAUGAAACAGUGUUGCUACGAGAAAAAGUCUAUAACAGCGGUGACCCUGCAAGAGGCUGAUUUGGUCCACACAGUAUACGAAAGCGAGUGUCUCUCUACUCGACUUCAUGGCAAAACUGUAGCUCUGUGCAUGUACGGUUACUAAGGGCAUUUGAUAGGUGUGUAGAGCUCUUAAUAGAGCAUGGAAAGACACGAAAAAAAAAUGUAUAAGGUGGAUUAGAAAUUUAGAUUACAAGAACUGGGAUGAUACAUAUUCAGCUAACACAAAAAGUACUUGUGCAGUGCUCAGAAGAGCACUCCCCCAGGAGACUAGCGAAAAUGUGGAACCUUUAUUACAGUGCAAAACAUUACGUGUGCUCAACCAUAACAUGCGCUUCUGCUUGAAAUGCCUCAAUAAACCAUUCCCCCAUAUUGGACAAAAUA